AUGCGAGACAGGCUCCUCGGGGGCGGAGGCCCAGACCUCCCGCACCUGGGCCUCGGGCUGGCGGGCUUCGCGGCGGCGGUGGCGGCGGCGACGCUGCUCAUCCGGAGCCCGGCGGCGUCCAGGACGGUCAUCACGCCGUCGCCGGGGCGCGACCGGCGCAAGACGGCGCGGUCGCCGCGGUGGACGGUGUUGCCGCGGCUGUCGACGCUGGCGCGGGACGAGCUGCCGUACCCGCCGGACGUGUUCCCGGGCGCGCGGGACGUGGACACGCCGUACGGGAACCUGCGGGUGUACGAGUGGGGGCCCGAGGACGCGGCGGAGAGGGUGCUGCUGCUGCACGGGAUCGGGACGCCGUGUCUGGCGCUCGGGGGCGUCGCGGGGGAGUUUGUGAGGCGGGGGUGGAGGGUGAUGACCUUUGGUGAGUUGCUCGCCCUUUCUUCUCAGAAACAUGUGCUGAAUGCUGGAUGGGCAGACUUCUUUGGGAGGGGGUACUCUGACGCGCCGACGGAUCUGCCGUACGACUCGCGGCUGUACACGACGCAGAUCCUCCUGGCGCUGGCGUCGUCGCCGCUGCGCGGGUGGACGGGCGACGACGCGUUCCACCUGCUGGGGUACUCUUUGGGCGGCGCCGUCGCGGCGGCGUUUGCGGCGAGCAGCCCGCACCUCGUGCGCAGCCUGACGCUGGUCGCGCCGGGCGGGCUGAUCCGCUCGGCGGCGCACGUGGGCUGGCGCAGCCGGUUUCUGUACAACUCGCCGCUGCUGCCGGAGGGGUUGAGGAGGUGGGUUGUCGGGCGGCGGCUGGCGCCGGCGAAGAGGGCGGGGGAUGUGCCGGAGGCGGAGGCCGUGGACGGCGUGGAGCCGGAGGAGGAGGCUGGGUGGGAUGAGCUGCGGCUUGUGGGCGGGGGGCGGAUCGGGGAGGUUGUGGGGUGGCAGCUGGCGGCGCACGAGGGGUUUGUGGGGAGUUAUGUGUCGACUAUACGGGAGGCGCCGGUGUAUGAUCGCGCGGACGAGGAGUGGCGGGUGCUGGCGAAGGUGUUGGAGGCGCGGAGGGAGGAGGGGGAUGUGGCCGGGGCCGGGUUGAGGAAGGGGAGGGUGUUGUUCGUGCUCGGGGAGCGGGACGAGAUUGUGGUGCCUGGGGAGACGGUGUGGGAUGCGCGGAGGGUGUUGGGGGAGGACGCGGUGGAGGUGUUGGUGCUGAAGGCGGGGCAUGAGGUUGGGGUGACCAAGGGCGAGGAGAUCGUGGAUGGGGUAUUGGCGGCGUGGGCGAGGGAGUGA